AUGACUCAUGUGAAGCAAUUUUUUCAUAUGAAUGGUGGAGAUGGUGAAACUAGUUAUGCCAAAAACUCAGGCCCUCCAAAAGUGGUGAUCUCAAAAUCAUGGCCGUUGAUAGACGAGGCCCUCAAAAACAUGUUUGCUGAGUAUAAUAACAAAAUAGUAUUCCCAAAAUGUAUGAGAAUGGCCGACCUUGGAUGCGCAUCGGGACCCAAUACUUUUUUCCUCAUCUCCCAUGUAAUGGACACGAUUGAGGAUUUACUCUCAAAAGACCUUGAAAAAACUCAUCACUUGCCUCAACUCCAGCUGUUUCUGAAUGAUCUACCUGAUAACGACUUCAAUCAAGUAUUCCGACUGGCGUCCAGUUUCAAAGAGGACCGGAAAGAAGGAAAUAAUAAGUUAAACUUUUUUAUAUACGGCGUGCCUGCUUCAUUUUAUGAUGCCCUAUUCCCCAAGAAUACCCUACACUUUGCUUACUCUUCCUUUAGUGUUCAUUGGCUCUCGCAGGUUCCGGAAGGUCUAGGGACGAAUAACAAGGAAAAUAUAUGCAUUUCGAUUAAUAGUUCACCGCAAGUAUGGGAAGCUUAUGCAAGCCAAUUCCAAAAGGAUUUUUCCAAGUUCCUAAGAAUGAGGGCUGAAGAAUUUAUAUCAGGUGGCCGUAUGGUUUUGGCAUUUGUGGGUAGAACCUCUGCUAAUCCUUGUUGCGAAGAUGAAUUCAAACUUCUUACUUUGCUUGGAGAAGCACUCUCGGAAAUGGCUGCUCAGGGCCUUGUGAAGGAGGAGGAUUUACAUUCAUUUAAUGUGCCUAUAUAUGCGCCUUGCCUACGAGAAGUGGAGACAAUAAUAAGCGGUGAAGGAUCAUUUAGUUUGGACAAAAUGGAAAUUGUUCGUGUUCCAUAUGAUGCCACUUAUGAUGAGGGUAACAAUAAUGAUGGCGUUUUCGACAAUUACAAGAGUGCGAAGGUGGUGGCGGGUAAUGUUCGGUCUUUCAUGGAGCCAAAGUUGGCCUUCCAUUUUGGGACCUCCAUUAAUGUGGGUGAUGUCUUCAAAAUUUAUGCAAAUAAAAUGGCAGAUCAAUUUUCGGAGGAGCGAACAAACUAUACCGUUAUACUUGUGUCCUUAACCAGGAAAUCAGCAUAGGAGAUUUGUUCAUUGUGCAUAUUCAUGCAUGCGUGCUUUAUUUCAUGCGUCACUUCAUGUUCCCGUUUUUAUUUCCCAGCUUUUUAUUUGGUCAUUCUCGUGUAAUGAGGAAGGCGUCACUCUCACUUAGAGAGUUGUCACUGCGUCUUCUUUUAUUUUCAGCUUUCUUUUGUUUUCUCUUUUCUUUUAUUUUGGAUACGUGUUGCAUUGUGAUUUGAGCAUUAGCUCACAUGCAAAGCAUGAGCUGGUCG